CCAUAUUCCUUUUUUCCCCCCUCUGGAAAGUGACUUUUAGCUUUGUAAAACUAAUCAUACAUCCACGCCCUCCGUGUCCCCAAUCGUUUUUAGGCACAUUAGCAAAAUGUUCAGAUUGGUUUUAUGGAGCCUGAAAGAACAUGAAAUAAACUUUCGAAUGACACCAAGAUCAGUGUCAACAUUUUGUCCCCUCACCCACAGGGCAGUAAACUUUAAAGUAUAUUUGUAACAGUUCAGGUCUGCUAGCUUCCUUCUAAUUUCGAAUCCGUUUGUUCUUGGAAAUGUAAAAGAAUAUGAUGCCGCGUAAAAUAAUAGCUAUAGUUUUCAGGCUUUAUUAACUGUACUGUAUUUUUAAAAUUAAACUUGUCCGAAAAUGAGAUGUAAAACAAUACAAAGCCUCAAAAAGUUUAAAGUCAAUUAGCAUUGGGUGCCAGCAAUGAAGUGGAACUCUCCUGACUGGUUGGUGGUUGGACGAAUUGAGUAUGACCUAGAGGGCGCGCUGCGAAAUGUGGAUCACAUCAUGAAAUCUUCCAGAGGAUCUUCUGGGAUCACCCAAGAUAUAAACGCACAAAGAGUGAAAAACCCAAGUUUACCAAUACCAAAAGUCUUCAUCCUGCUCCUCCUACUCACAGGUCUUGCUUCCUGUAGCGAGAACUCCACGACAACACCGCCUCUUGUGACAAGCGCUCCAACUUUAGCAUUCUACAUUGUGGACAUCGAUGUUGAUGUGACUGGGCCUGUGAAGAAUGAAUCAGCAAUUACUUUCUGGCUCCAGGAGGUGUUCCAAAAGAGUCUGGGAAGCUGUGUUCCUACACAAACUGAAAACAUAACAGCUUUACCCCCUCAGUUGCAAACUGCAUCAGCAACCGCUUCAGUCGGGACAACAACCGUGGUGAUGACAAGCAGGACUCAAAGCAACGUUGCAAUCACUGCUUCUCCUACGUCCCACUUACAAAGCAACGACACAACUGCGACUACAACCACAUUACAAAACACUACUGCAGCCACAACCACACUUCAAAACAAUACAACUAUAGCCGCAACAACAUUUCAAAGGAACACUAACAACAACACGACUAAGCCGAACACAGCUAUAGCAGUACAAAACUUUAGCACAACUGCUGUUUCAACACUGCAAUUUUCAAACACAAAUGCAGUCAUUACGACUAGAGGAACAAGCGAUGAUGUUGGCAGCAACAGAGCAAAGAUCACAACUAACAACGCAGUCAAAACAGCAGAAAAAAACAUUCUCAGCUCGAACAAUGCACGUUUCAUUCGACAAGCCAUCCUUAGCAGCACAUCAACUGACUUGUUUCAGGGAGUGGAAGUUUCCUGUGCAAAGAAGUCUGAAAUCAGAACGACCGACUGCUUGGUGAUCUUGGCGCUGAGGGAGAGUGUGGCGCCUUGUUGUAUCCUGCAAACACUCUGCAAUCAAAAUUCCUCUGACAUGCAUACCCAAGGGAAAAGUGCCAAUCGUUUGAAUCCUCUAAACAAUAAAUGCAGCAGUGAUCAUUUGGAGGAAAACAUCUGUAUUUAUACAGAAAAUUCAACCAAUUCAAAAUGUAAAGCAUUUGGAGCGCCUCCAUGUGGUGCAGGUGGAAAUAAAAACUGCAGCUGCAGUGCUUACUGCAAUGGGACUGACGCAUAUUACACUUUUGAAAUUUCGUUACAAGACCCUAAGAUGAACCACACUUACCCGCUGUCACUGAUUUCUCAGCUGAACCAGAGCUGCUCUCCAACAACUAAUGUCUCCUGUGCUUCUAAAUACAAGAAUGCCACCGCAAACUGUGGUCAAGCCGGAGCGAUCCCUCAGUUGUGCAGAGUGAUUUUACAGUUGGGUGAAGCAAUUCCCAUCUGUAACGUCUCCGCAGCCGUAACGAGCGUGUUUCGGUCAGAGGAGAACAUAACGUUUGAUGGGUGGAUCACCAGAGCAGCUAUCUGUCAUCAUCCAAAUGUCAGUACCAAUUUGCUAGACUCUCAGUUCACAUGGAGUCACACAAACCUCGAACAUGGAGAGUUUUGCACGGCACAGGAAUCCUCUCCACCUUUACUCUCCACCCAAACCUGUCAAACAGGGGAAAAUGUAGUGGUUCAAUUAAAGGAACAGUGUGUGCCAGCAAUUUCACCCACGGCCAGUCCAACUGUGACAACCCUACAACUGAACAGUGGUGCCAGCAAUACGACGUCCCCGGACAUCACCGCAGCCUCGCCUGACGACACAGAGGUCCGAGCCAAUGCUCUUCUUGAGCUGACAGCCAAUGUGUCAAGAUUAAACUCCAGUCAGGUGGAUGAGCUUGUGUCUCAGUUGGAGGAUCUGCUGUCGGGCCCCAAUAUCAGCCUGGCUCUGGCCAACACAAGCAUUCAUAUCGUCAGCAACCUGCUGGACGCUUCCGCCGAGACGCUGGCCAGCUCCUCCAGCAGAAUUAUAAGGAUUGUUGAUACAGUAGGCCUUAAAAUGAUCCUUGAAGAAGAAGCAGAGACACUCUUAUCACCAGCUUUGGCUCUGUCUGUCAGAGCGGUGGAUGGUCGUGAUUUUCAACAAGUCCUCUUCACCAUCUCAGACCCCAGCAAUGCACAGGUCCGAGGUGAUCCCAGGUUCCGAAGGAAUGUGAGGAACGACAACUCCAUCCCACAGGGCUCUAUCACGCUGCCCACAUCCCUCACCCAAAACCUCACCUCCGAGGAGCAGCAGAUGGCCUCCAGAGUCCAUUUCAAUUUUUAUCAGAAGAGCACUUUAUUUCAGGACAGAUCCUUAGGAACACGUCGACUUAACAGUGGGAUCCUUGGAGCAAGUUUGGCAAAUUUGACAGUCACAGGACUCAAGGAUGAAGUCCUGAUUCGACUCAGGAACCUGGAACCAGUUCCUGCUAAUUAUGUGGCGACAUGUGUCUUCUGGGACUUCACAUUAAAUGACAGAUUAGGCGGCUGGAACACAAACGGCUGUUAUGUUCAAAACAGCACAGACAACGUGACAGUUUGUGGUUGCAAUCAUUUGACUAGCUUCUCUAUCCUUCUGGACCUCGCCAGGGAGCCUCUAACCAGUCGAGUGCAAGCCACCAUUUUGACCUUCAUCACAUAUAUCGGCUGUGGCAUUUCUGCCAUUUUCCUGGCUUUGACACUCCUCACAUAUUUGGCCUUUGGCAAACUGCGCAAGGACAUUCCAUCCAAAAUCCUGAUCCAGCUGUGCGUGGCUCUCCUGCUGCUCAACCUGGUCUUCUUGGUGGAUGCUUGGUUGGCUCUUUACCCGAAUGCCGUGGGCUUGUGCAUUUCCACCGGCUGGUUCCUCCACUAUUUCCUGCUGGCCGCCUUCACCUGGAUGGGACUGGAGGCGCUGCACAUGUACCUGGGCCUCGUCAAGGUGUUCAACUUGUACGUCCCGUACUAUUUGCUGAGGUUCUCGCUGGCGGGCUGGGGCGUCCCCAUGAUCGUGGUCGUCAUCGUCAUAGCCGUCGACAAAGACAACUACGGCCUGGUGUCCUACGGGAGGUUUUCCGACGACACGACUGAUGACUUCUGCUGGCUGACAAACGACAUCGCCUUCUACGUGGCGGUGGUGGCCUACUUCUGCGUCAUCUUCCUGUUCAACUUCAUCAUGUUCAUUGUGGUGCUGGUCCAGCUUUAUAAGAUCAAGCGGCAGAACCCGCACAACUCGCGGCAUCGCUCCACGGGGCAGGACGUACGCAGCGUCGUGGGCAUUACAAUCCUGCUGGGCCUCACCUGGGGCUUUGCCUUUUUUGCCUGGGGGCCCGUCAACCUCCCGUUCAUGUACCUCUUCGCCAUCUGUAACGCCUUCCAAGGUUUCUUCAUAUUCGUGUUCCACUGUGCGUUGAAGGAUGUGGUGAGGAGGCAGUGGCAGGCAUACCUCUGCUUUGGAAAAAUGAGGAAGGCUGAGGAGUCAGAAUGGAGUCACACAGCAACCCCGAAGAUGGCGAAAAGAGCGACAACCCUUUCCUCAUCUGCAUCGUCGCAGUCCAACAACAUGUCCAGCUCGUCGUCCUUCCUCAGCCACAACUUGCGGCUGACUCACGGCAUAGGAAAUCCGUUAGAAGACAGAAUCAUAACCGCUGAUGAAGAACCUAGCCAGGAUGUCGUCCUAAACAACCUCAACAGCGAGCAUAGAAACCAUCAGACACCCUCGCACACACAUCCACAUUAUACUUAGGCUGGCCUCACGAACACGGUCCUGUCCCGAACAGAGUGGGGUUUUUUGUGGUAAAGAUGCAUAAACCACCAUUACCGUCUGCAUUUCUAAUAUUUUACUUCAUUUAGAUUCUCUGAAGCAUGAAAUGAUACGAGCAACAUCUCUUGGAAAAAUGCAAAACACUUUUACACAUUGUGAUAA